AUUUCAAAUCCAACAACUCUCGUAUUACUUCCAAUCCAAGUAAUAAAAUAAAAAGAUUUGAAUUGAGAUUUUACAACUUACAUGAUCUAAAGUCUGUGACUAUAGGUCAAAAUAGAAGACAGUCUGUCAGACGUGGCAUCUCCAUUUAUCGUCCAACCAUAUAUGAAUAAAAUUAAUCUACAACACAGUUUGCCUGCGAAGAUAGCUGAUUCAUCACUUGCGGUCGAAGGAGCAGCGCUGGAAGACGGAAGGAGUUUCAGCAUUUGGGACAGCUACGCUCAUUCAGGCUUCUGCGAUGGAGCAAACGGAGACAUAGCAUGUGAUGGGUACCAUAAAUACAAGGAAGACAUUGAACUUAUGGCAGACACAGGUUUGGAAGCAUUUAGAUUUUCCAUUUCUUGGUCCAGACUCAUCCCAAAUGGAAGAGGAUCCGUCAAUGUAAAGGGCUUACAAUUUUACAACGAUUUCAUCAACAGGCUCAUCGCCCAUGGGUUCUUAGAGUUGUCUUGA